CCACCACACCACAGUUCUCAUUCCCCCUUUCCUCUCCGAACCCUCGAUCAUUGAGAGAAACACACGCACACGCUCUCUCUCUUUCUCUCUCUCACGCGCUCCUAUAUCCGCUCCCCCACCGUCGCUCUCUCCAACGACCGCAAAACCAUCGUCAUCUCCAUGGCAAACGCAGCAUCAGGUAUGGCAGUCCAUGAUGACUGCAAGUUAAGGUUUUUGGAGCUUAAGGCCAAGAGGACGCACCGUUUCAUAGUUUUUAAGAUUGAGGAGCAGCAGAAGCAAGUCAUUGUGGAGAAGCUUGGUGAGCCAAACCAAGGCUAUGAAGAUUUUGCUAGUAGCCUUCCUGCUGACGAGUGCCGCUAUGCUGUUUAUGAUUUUGAGUUCAUGACUGAAGGGAAUGUCCCUAAAAGCAGAAUUUUUUUCAUUGCGUGGUCUCCUGAUACAUCAAGGGUCAGGAGCAAGAUGAUUUAUGCAAGCUCCAAAGACAGAUUCAAAAGGGAGCUGGAUGGUAUUCAAGUAGAGUUGCAAGCAACUGAUCCCACUGAGAUGGGUCUUGAUGUGUUCAAAAGCCGUGCCAACUAAAUGAUUAUAUAAAUAUUACGCUUUCUGGUGGGAGCACCCCUUAAGCCUUAGUUACUCAUAUGGAAAUAUCCUAGUUUGUGGGAUGGAUGGUCAACUUGGGUAGUUAUGGUCCCAAACUCUCAAUUUUCCAAGUUGUGGAAUAAAUUCUACUGCACCUUUUGACAACCUUUGCUUGUUCCAGUGUAUUUUAUUAUGAUUUGUGAUUUAUACAACCUUUGCGUUUGAGUGGUAUUUUAGUGGUCUUUAUCCAAUGCUAGUUGAAUUUGUAAUUGUUUUGUGUGAUCAGACAAAAAAUGGGGUUCUUCACUUA